AAACAAUUCUUAUUUAGGUUGUUUUUGUAUCAGGAUCUAAUCAAAGCAACUUUUGAAUCUAACAUUAAUAAAAUUACUUCAUUUUUUUUUUUAAUUGUAAUUCUUUUUUGUAAGUGAAAUUUUGGUAAGCCUGUGCAAAAAUGUAUAAAAUUCAAACUAUUCCGGUUUUAAAAUUAAGCAAAGUUCUAAUGAGCCCUCGUCUUCUGGCUGGUUCGGCAAAGAAAGGCGAUUCAAAGAAGGAAUCUUGUGAGGGCGACGAAUCCAAGAAAAAAGAGGCGCCGAAAAAGGAUAAGUGCGGAAGAACGAUGCUACCCACCUCGCCACGUUGCAAAGGUAAGCCCGGCGGCAAAGAUGAUAAAUCCGGAGAUGAGUGCAAAGAAAAUUGAAGGUGGUUCCUGAGUUUUUAGGCUCACUUAAAUU